AUGGCCGACGCACGCCAACGAUCAAUGUCCAAUGCGCCCAAGUUCGCAGACCGCACCUUCGAGCAGCGCGAAGUGGACGCCAAGGUCAACGGGCCCAUGAUCCAGCGCGCACGCGUGGUCAACAGCAUCCUGACGGCCAAGUACCUGAAGGCGAAGAGCAUCUUCGACAACUACCACGAGUACGACGUGGACCAGGCGUUCGUGCCCACGACAACGGGCGAGCCCUGCUGGCGCGAGGACGCAGACCCGUGGCUGCGCAUCCGAGAGACGCUGCCCGAGUUCCUCGAGGACUACACGCGCAUCAUUGUCGAAUCGGGCGGGGAGAUCACGGGCGAGGGCCUGCAGAACCUCGCCGUGGCGUUGAUCCGCGUUGCGAGGGCCGAGUGGGAGGGUGCGGGCAGGGACAAGAAGGCGCUCGACAAGGCCUUCGAGCAGGAGAUCCUGGCGCUCGUGGAGAAGCUCCAGGCGCAGUUCAAGCUGCCUGAGGCUCAGGAUGCGGGCGAUGAUGAUGACGAGGAGGAGGUCGAGGGCGAGAAUUGA